AUGGCGCCCAGUACAGCUGAGCUCGAACAACUCUGCACCCAUCUUAGCAGCAGUGAUCAAUCUCCGUUCUUCGAUCGCGUCUCACCGGAGGUCGUGUGGGACGUGCUGGGUGUGUCCCUGCCUGCAACUAGACAACACGAUAAGCGAUCUAAUGGCCACAAGGCACACAUCCCGCUGCCGGACACUUCACAAGCCUUCCGAAAGCCGCUAAUAGCACUCGCACAUCCAGAGUCAUGGAAAGAGGGUGCGCUUGGUGUCAUUAAUAAGGUACUGCGUGAACCCCUGCGUAUGAAAGUCAUAAAUGCUAUUAGCGGCGGCGAUCAGUCAGAUUGGGCGGUUGUUGAGUUGGAGGCAAAUUCAGUAUGCAAGAAUGGUCUGUAUGCCUUUCGAAGCGAGCAUGGCGCCGGUCAAGCACGGCUGACAUGGGCGCAGGUAUGCCGUACCCACAACGCUACUCCUGGGCCAUGCGAUUCGACAACCAGGGCAUCAUUGUGCAGGUACGUUGCCGCUACUGUGGCUUCACCGGCAUGCGAGACACUCAUGUAUCAUGCGAGCUAG